AAUCGUAGCGAUUCUACAAUUCAUUCUGCUUUAAUUUUAUAUAUUUAAAUUAAAUUUUAAAAUUUGUUUAUACUUUUUUGUAUUGGGGCUUGAAGUGUACUAGUGCAAGUGCUGUGAGUUGUCAUCGUAGCUGUGCUUGGCGGUUUAUUGUGAUUAAUUCUGCUGCUGACUGAAAGGAAAUCUUCAAAAUGAAAUUAUUUAUCUGUUUAGCCGCUUUGCUUGUGGCAAGCGCCUAUGCGGGCGACACCACCGCCAAGAAGGCCACCGUUGAAGCUGCAGCCAGUUCAGCUUCGGGCAAGAAGGUGCCGCUUGAGAAGAAACUCGACAAGCGCGGUCUAUUGGAUCUCGGCUAUGGCUAUGGCCACUCCGGACUCGAUGUUGGCUACAUAGGUCAUGGUGGUAUUGAACAUGGUAGUGGUUAUGGACUCGUAAGUGGUCACUCAGGACCCGCCAUCUCGUACGGACAUACUGGCUAUGCGUCGGCGGGUGUUGCGCAUUCUCCCUUCCUUAUCAGCCAGACGGCCGAUGUACACAAGACCAUCACCGUUACCAAAGGUGUACCUGUGCCAGUGACCGUCGAUCGUCCAUACCCAGUAGUACAUGAAAAACGUGUGCCCGUUGAGGUGAAAGUACCUGUGCCACAACCCUACGAAGUGAUACGCAAGGUGCCCGUGACGGUGAAGGAAUACGUUAAGGUGCCGAUACAUGUGCCACAACCCUACACCGUUGAGAAGCGCGUCGAAGUUAAAGUGCCCGUGCCCGUCGAUCGUCCCUACCCAGUGAAGGUGCCCGUACCACAGCCUUACGAAGUAAUCAAGCAUGUGCAAGUACCAGUCAAAGUGCCCGUACCACAACCUUACGAGGUUAUAAAACAUGUGCAAGUACCCGUUAAGGUGGAAGUGCUAGUACCACAGCCCUACGAAGUCAUCAAACAAGUGCAAGUACCCGUACAUGUACCAGUCGAUCGUCCAGUGCCAGUUGCUGUACCCAAACCAUACCCCGUACCCGUAGAGAAACCAUACCCAGUUGUGGUUGAGAAGCAGGUCAAGGUUGAGGUGCCAGUGCGCGUCGAUAGACCAUACCCAGUGCCCGUCGAUCGCCCUUAUACCGUCAAGGUGCCCGUAUCAGUGCCCCAGCCCUACACCGUUGAGAAGCACGUACCUUAUACUGUAGAUCGUCCAGUGCCAGUGCCCGUAAAGGUAGCUAUCGAUCGUCCCUAUCCAGUUCAUGUGACACGCCCUGUGCCUGUGCAUGUCGAGAAACCAGUAGCUGUGCCCGUACCCGUGCCAGUGGUAGCUGGACAUUCGGUGGUCGAACAUGGACCCGCCAUUGCUAUCGGCGGUGGUGGCUAUGGACAUGAUGGCGGCUAUGGAGGACACGGUUUCUCAUCCAGCGGCUACGGAUUCUCAUCCAUCGGACACGGUUAUGCACAUAAAAAGAAGUAAGGCUCUGGCGAGGAGUACAGAAAGCGGCUACUUCUACGAUUACUGUGUAUAUGAUUUCAGCAAUGAAGGCGCAAUUAAUUGAAUGAAUUUUAGUUUUAAUUAUGAAAUUACGAGGAGGAAGUUGCAGUAAGGCGACUUCGAAAAAUUUAGUGAGAAAGAAGAAAGACGACCACGAGAAAUUGAGUAGAAAUUAAAAUAAUGAUUUGCCGGAAAUAAAUGAACUGGACUUGAAGAAAUGUUAAUGAUGAAGGCAAAAGUAGAUGAUAAUGCAUAUAAAAAUACACAAAUGUGAAGCCAUUUUCACUGUGGCAGAGAAGUGAAGGACGAACUGCGGAAACCACCAUCGAUUUAAACCACUCUCAAACCCUUUUCUGGACCGAGGAGAAUAAAAUAUCUCCCAAUAAUAAGAUUCGAGCCACUGUAACAACUGAAACAACUUAAUUUGUGGCCCUAAAGAGUCGAAAAGAAGAUCUGGUUUCACGAUAAAAAGACAAAUAUUUUGUUAAUGUUGUCUAAAAAUCCUUCGAAUUCGUUUUUCUGUCACUGAAAAUCGCACAUUUCUAGCUAUGUAUGUAAACCCUGCCACUUAGUUUUAAGUAUUUACAAAUUUUGUAAAUUAUUUAAAAAAAAAACGAAGAGAACUUCUUGUCUAGGACAACACACAACUAGCUGCUUAUAUUUAAGGAAAUCCUCUUUCGAAUAAUAUAAACGGUUUAGUUGUAUUCUCGACUUGUCAGUAGACUUUCCUGAACCUAACCCCAAUUGAAAAAUAAUGCGUUUUUUGCAGUGCACACAGUGUGAGUAAGAAAAUUUAUGCUGCCCAUGUGAUAUAUGUAAAGCGGCCGGAAGAAGGUAGAGCUCUCAACAGUUUUAUUUCCGCUCUCAUCAACAGCUCUCAUUCUCACUUUCACUCGCUUGUAUGCCCUACACACAAAUGCAUUUUGUUCAAAAUUUGCCACCUAGACCUUAUGCCUAUCAUUAUUAUUCAUGCCACAUACAUACAUAUAUACUCGUAUAGUAAAUACAUUAGCGGCACUUAGUGUAUUUUUGUAAAGUACAUCAAUGCAAGUUGCAAAAAAUUAAAUAUUGAAAUUUUUCUGUUUAAUUUUUUGUUACCUGCCAUUUUGCCGUAAUCAUUAAAUAUUUCGAAUUUUAUAAAUACUCUGUUUCAUAUUUGUAAUGAAUAUUUCUAUCUCUCUCUCUCUUUCUCUCUUUACU